AGAUCAUCUGAUUUGUAUGGAGCUGUGGCCGUCAGAUAAACAUCGUCUCGCCUACACCACGUCGCUGCUGCUCUUCCAGUACUGCCUGCCUCUCCUGCUGGUGCUGCUCUGCUACCUCAGGAUCUUCCUCCGCCUGAGACGACGCAGGGACAUAGUGGAGCGAAGCCGGAGGACGCGAGGUGCCCAGAGGAUUAACAUCAUGCUGGUAGCCAUCGUCGUAGCCUUCGCGCUGUGCUGGCUGCCGCUCAACGUCUUCAACACGCUGUUUGACUGGCACCACCAGGUCCUGCCCGACUGCCAGCACGACGCCAUCUUCUCUGCCUGUCAUUUAACGGCGAUGGCCUCCACCUGCAUUAACCCCGUGGUGUACGGCUUCCUCAACAGCAACUUCCAGAGGGAGCUGAAGACCACGUUGCAGCGCUGCCAGUGUGGAAACCGGGCGGCAGAGAGUUACGAGAGUUUCCCUCUGUCCACCGUGGGCAGCGAAGGCAUCACGAAAGCGACCUCCCUCAACAGGAUGGGGUCAGUUUCACCCAGAUUUGAGAUCAGCUCAGCAAUGCCAGCGAAAACAAUCCCAGCUAUCACCUAAUUAUGAGAACCACCAAAUUCUCUUUCUAUCAAGCGGCUGGAAUACAAACUUCAAGAGUCAAAUCCUUUUUCACCUUUGCUUCCAUAACGUCCUGCCUGCCCGAGUAAAACGUCCUGUUUCACUCGGCGUGACUGGAAAGGAUCAGGAUGAAGCUGGACGAUGUAGCUACAAGUCAGAACAUGAGAAGCAAACUCUUGUUAGUCGACAGUUUAGGUAAAAUAACAAAAAGUAGAAGAGUGGACAUUUCGCCAAGCUCAGCCCUCUUGUUGACUGUUUCCAUCUCUGUCAGUCGUUACAUCCGACAAUUCACCAUCUUGACUUGGUGGCCAUUUGUCCUGAGACUUCAUGCUCAUUUUUUGAAUCUCAUGAUGAAAUUAUUUUGUACUGUUGUAUAUUUAAGUGUGUAAAAGUAGGGGAUCAAACCAUUUUUAUUUCACUUUUCCACGUUCUUUAGAAAAUAAAGAGACGGCAGAUUGCAAGAAAGAUUGUCAUUGGUCCAUGUUCAGGUUUGAACAGUAUACUUGAUAAUUCAUUGGCUGAAUGUUUGAUAAUGUUUUCACAGGAGUCUCCAACACGUUGCUACCUGUAGCUCGUGUCUGGGUUUUUAGUCACUAACCAAGAGGUCAACCAACUGUGUCCAAAAAAAUCUGACGACAACAAAUGCACCUUGAAAGCAUCUUUACAUAUCAAUUCAAUCACAGAUGUCCCACCCUAAAUACAACAUAUAAGGAUGGGCCAAUCAGCUGUCAAUAAAAUGGUGAUGAUCCUGUCAA